AUGGCUGGACCUGAAGAAAGGGGUGGCAGAGGUGCUGGAGGCAAUGGAGAAGCCCAAGCACAAGGCCAAGCCCGUGAUUCAGCCGUGGCACCCGUGCAACCAAGUGUUGGCCCAUCUAGGGACGAGCCUAGAGUGUUUUUCCUUGACAAGUUCAACGGUGACAACUUUGCUGAGUGGUCCUUCAGAAUGGAGAAUGUGUUUAACCACUAUGAUCCGCUGGAGGUGAUGGAAGGAAUGAAGAAGCGCCCCGAGAACGACCCGGAAAAGAGCCCGUGGGUGCGGAAGAGCGCACAAGGCUACCUCCUACUUUGGCAAGCGUGGGGGAGCAGCCAGAUUCGUCACAUCAAGCCAUUCCAGCGUGAACCUGAGAAGGGACCAAAGGCAUGGGCUGCUCUCAAGGGUGUACACGCUCCUGCAACAGCGGCGGUAGCUGUGGUGUUGGAACGGCAAAUGGCGACGCUACGAAUUGAGGAAGAUGAACCCGUGGAAGACGGGGUGCAGAAAGUCUUCGACUUAUUGACGCGGCUUGAGGGAGCUGAUCUGAAUCACAGCCAAGAGGGUAGAGGACCAGGAGGAGGGAGAGGAAGAGGCCGUGGAGGCCAUUGCAGUCGCGGAGGUGGAGCCACGAACAUGAAGAGUGGAGACAACGACAAGGACCCGAGCGACGAUCGGUACCCUGGUCUAUUCUACUUUGUGUCGACGCAAGUACCAGCUGGUCCUGAGAAGGAUGAGGACCUUGAGGAGCCAGCAGCUGUGGGGAACGUGACCCUACACCCCCUGGACUAUUGGGUGAUUGACAGCGGCGCUACCUAUAGCAUGACACCUCGCCCCGACUCGCUCACCGAACUUGAGCCGUCACCGGUGAAGCAUGUCACAUCGGCCUUGGGGCAGCGAGCAGAGGUGAAAGGCAUGGGCAAGGCCAUGUUCAAGGGUGCUGAUGGGAAGAUGGUGGACCUAAAGAACGUGCUUUGGGUGCCCAGCCUUGCUGCGAACCUGAUUUCCGUGCGGCGAUUCGCAAAGGCCGGCAUGGACACAAACUCGAAGGGAGCCAAGACCUACACCGCGAGGCUUGGCGAGCGGAUUCUAUGGGACCUUCACGAGGAUAGAGAUGUCUACAACAAGAUGUGGCAGAUCCCUGUGGUCCCUAUGCCUAAUGAGAGGCAAGUGGCAGCAAGCGUCAGCACCAAGGGUGAAGCGGUUGGUCGCGGCGAUGGCGCGAACGGUCGCGUUAAGGAAAAUGUGUCCAACAAGUGGAAUCUUGGAGGAACCAGCAAGAAGAGUGAACCUAAGGAGAGUGAUGCAGCAGCCAAGGAGCAGCACAAGGGUGAGGAGAACCCCAAGGCAAUCUUCCCUUGUGAAUGGGGGAGAGGAGGCCAAUGA